AUGGAGUAUGGUCGCUUCAAGGAGAGGAGGGAGCCCGAAUAUCCAUCUAUCUUUGAGAUCUUUGAUUUGUCCCAACCGACUCCGGAUCCUGCUAUUCGCAUCGAGAAUGAAGAGAAUAAAUCUGAAGAAAUGCGGAAGGACAGCGGUACAGAGGGUAACGUUGCUGGGCGCAUCAAGAAGAGAAAUGCGGCGGAAGAAUUACCACCGUCUGAUGUCCACAAUGGAAAACAGAUUGCAAAGCGUCGCCAUCGCCGCAAGAGACGUGAGCGGAAACUGCAGGAGUGCCCCGCUGAGGUUCACGUUAUUGGGCGCUUCAAGGUAAAUAAGGUAGCAGAAGAAAACCCAUCGUUCAAGGCUCAAGAUAGUGACCUGACGACCCAAAGCGAGAUUUGCCCCAAGGAGCGGGACAGGAUACUGGUCGUUGCGCCGCAAGAGAGCCCCGAUGAGGUGGACGGUACAAAGAUUGAUCGACGCCGUGAAGAGUUGGAGGAAGGGGCAUUGAAGAGUCUCCUGGAUGCUGCCAAAAUGGAACAAGUCAGUAAACAGUUAGAGGGGGGUGCAGUCGAUAGUGUCGUGGAUGCUACCAAGAUGGACAGAAAAUGUGAAGAUCUAGAGGAGAGAGCAGCUGGGAAUGAAUAUGUGGAGGAGGGAGUGUCUGAUAGUCUUGUCGAUGUUUUGAAGAAGGAUCAAGCCCGUGAAGACUUGGAAGAGGGUGCUGCUGAUCGUCUUACAGAAGAUGAAUGGAUGGAUCAUGCCGAUGAAAAUGCGAAGAUGGACCAAGACCCUGAAGGAUUGGAGGAGAGUGGAGCUUACAGUCCAAUAGAAUAUGACAGAAUGGACCAAGUCCAAGACGAUGGGGAGGAGCGAGGAGCUGAUGGGCUAAUGGGUGCUGUGAAGAUGGAUAGAGCCCAUGAAGAAUUAGAGGAGGGGACACCUGAGAAUCUAAUGGAUGCUGCCGAUAUGCAGCAAGGUCUUGAAGAGGUACAAUUGGAGGCAGCUGAGAGUCUCAGCAGUCAUCCUACGGGUGACACUGUCAACCAAUGA